AGCGGCUUCUUCCCGGAAUUCUUUGGGCUACAGAGCAGUCUGAAGAGACUUCAAUAUGGCUUGGGUUACUCAACUGAGGGCCGACCACGAAGUCGCGAGACUCAAUUGGGAAUGGCAAUGUGCCGUUGCCUUUCGGGAGCACCUACCGAUCGAUAUCACUGAUGAAAAACUCUAUGCAGUCAAAGAAAAGCAUUGGCAACGAAGAUUCCCGAUAGCCCCAAACUUCUACUUGGAAGUGAAGGGCCCGGGUGGUGCCAACUCAGUAGCUCUGAACCAAGCUGUGUAUAAUGGGGCUCUGGGAGCAAGAGCUAUUCACAGUGUUCACCAGCACGGCCGAGACGAGAUAGUGUGGGAUCGAAACGCCUACACUAUCAGCUAUACGUUCAACAAGCGCGCAUCGUGGUAUCGCAACGCCAGGGACUGGGCGGAGGAAAUGCGAAAAAAGGCCAUCGAGGCAGCAAACCAACGGCUACCGACUUGCAGUCCGGUGUGUAUUCCUUUCGCCGACAAGGUUCAUGGGGUAGGACUUCAAAAGGCUUUACUGGAGUGA